AUGCUGGGGUCGAAAUCGGGGUUACAGAAGCACGUCAAGGAAGUAGCUCCGAAUGCCAAAGGGUUUCACUGUAUGAUCCAUCGUUUUGCACUGGCGUCGAAAACCUUCCCUGAUGCCCUUUGCAAGAUCCUGGAGGCAGUGGUAAAAUGCGUCAACUUUGUGAAAGCAGGAGAUUUGAACUCUCGCCUUUUCCAGAACCUCUGUAGAGGCAUGGAUUCAGAGCACGAAACUCUCCUCUUUUACUCCAAAAACUGGCAAAGGAAAGUCAUUGCAGGAAAUGUUGCUAUGUUUGAGAAUCUCUCAAAUUUUCUUGACGAAAUUGAAGAGGAUCAUCUACUUGACCCAUCACUCAAAAAUGAAAUAAUUCAGCACUUGAAAUCCUUGGAAAGUGAGCUUAAAAGGUACUUCCCAGAAUUCGAGGAGGGAGAAGGGAAAUUGGUGAGGAAUCCUUUCUCUGGCACUCUUGAUAAUGCUGCCAUUCCCGACGAUGGUCAGGACGAAUUCCUUGACCUCAGGAACGAUUCUGCUGCCAGAGACCUCUAUGAAGAAAAAUCUCCGACUGUAUUCUGGUGCUCAAUAGUACGUGUUAUGAACAUCCUUAGAGUAGUUAUGAACAUCCGUGUUAUGAACAUCCUUAGAGUACGUGUUAUGAACAUCCUUAGAGUAGUUAUGAACACACGUGUUAUGAACAUCCUUAGAGUACGUGUUAUGAACAUCCUUAGAGUACAUGUUAUGAACCUUAGAGUACGUGUUAUGAACAUCCUUAGAGUACAUGAACAUUUAGAGUACGUGUUAUGA